AAACAACACCUCGCCAUUUCAGGGUAGGGGGGGUUGUUGAAGCUCACUCAGAGGAAUUAGGUCAGGUGAGCGGAGGUUGUACGCUCUUAUUUUCUGUCSUCAGACCGUCAUUGAGUUCCGAUGCGAGUUAUUUUGUUGGUACGAAUGAGUUUUUCCUYCGUGGGUCCGGGUUGAAGAGUGAAACCAGUGUACGGAUUUUCCACCAGACCGGCUAACAGACCUAGCUGUGUGUGUAAACAAAAAGGAUGAAACGGAUAAAAGGGGGAGAGGAGGUCAGCAAUGCGUGCCCCAGCGAAAGCCCGCCUGAGGCGUGCAAGAAGGUGCGGAAGCAGAUGAGCGAGGAGUCGGAGGCAGCGGUGGCUGGUGAGUCACGGGCCUGUGACUGGUCGCUGCUGCCUCAGGAGCUCCUGCUGCACAUUUUCCAGCACCUUCCACUGCUCGACCGGGCGUAUGCCUCUCAGGUGUGCCGUGGGUGGAACCAGGCUUUUCACAUGCCUGAGCUCUGGAGAUGCUUCGAGUUUGAGCUGAACCAGCCAGCGAGCUCAUACUUGAAAGCCACACACCCAGACCUCAUCAAGCAGAUCAUAAAGAGGCACUCCAACCACCUUCAGUAYGUCAGCUUCAAGGUGGACAGUAGCACAGAGUCUGCAGAGGCAGCAUGUGAUAUUCUGUCACAGUUGGUGAAUUGCUCACUGAAGACCCUGGGACUCAUCUCCACAGCCCGGCCCAGUUUCAUGGAGGUUCCAAAGUCUCAUUUUAUCUCAGCUCUCACUGUGGUGUUCGUCAACUCCAAAUCGUUGUCUUCCCUGAAGAUUGACGACACACCGGUUGACGAUCCGUCUCUGAAGGUGCUGGUGGCCAACAACAGCGACACCCUGAAACUGCUGAAGAUGAGCAGCUGCCCUCAUGUCUCACCUGCAGGGAUCCUGUGUGUGGCAGACCAGUGCCACGGUUUGAGAGAGCUCGCGCUGAACUACCACCUCCUCAGUGACGAGCUCCUCCUGGCCCUGUCCUCAGAGAAACACGUCCACCUGGAGCACCUGCGUAUCGAUGUGGUGAGCGAGAACCCAGGCCAGCACUUCCACUCCAUCAAGAAGAGCAGCUGGGACGCCAUGGUGCGCCACUCACCCAAAUUCAACCUGGUCAUGUACUUUUUCCUCUAYGAGGACGAGUUCGGCCCGUUCUUCAACGACGAGAUCCCUGUCACGCACCUCUACUUUGGCCGCUCAGUCAGCAAGGAGGUCCUGGGUCGUGUUGGACUGCACUGYCCCCGUCUGGUGGAGCUGGUUGUAUGCGCUAACGGUCUGCGCCCUCUGGACGAAGAGCUAAUCCGCAUCGCCAAGCACUGCACUCAGCUGUCGGCCAUCGGCCUGGGAGAGUGCGAGGUGUCCUGCAGCGCAUUUGUAGAGUUUGUCAAAAUGUGCGGCAGGAGGCUGUCCCAGCUGUCCAUCAUGGAGGAGGUGCUGAUUCCAGAUCAUAAAUAUUCUCUGGAUGAGAUCCACUGGGAGGUGUCGAAGCACCUGGGCCGGGUCUGGUUCCCGGACAUGAUGCCGACCUGGUAGCAGAAAGCUGAGCACCGAGGGUUCAGCUCAUCAGAGCUCUUGUUGGACAAUCAUAAAUCAAAAAGUGUUUAAACGCUCAGCUGAAGUUGAAACAUUCGGUGCCAACAUGGUGAGCAGAACUCUUGUUUGGAGUGAAAGGCAGGGUUGUGCCCAAACUUUACACAACCCUGCAAAAACUGGAGACAUUKCUCUCUACGAUGGAGCAGUUAGAAGAAAAUCCACACAUUACUAACAUCUAAAUUCAGUUUAAACAUUGUUCCUCAGCUGUGAUGGUCUGGAUCCAGAGAGAGUGUGUGUAGGCAAGUGUGCAGAUGUGUUUUACUGUUUAUUAUUAUUUUAGGU